AUGUCACCACCUUCAGCAGUCGAAGUCUCCGCGGUUUCGGAUACGUCUGGAGUUACUAUCCCAAACCCGUUGAGCGCGCCGGUUCUGAGCAACGAGAUUCUUGGAAGAAGAAAGAAGACGACUGCGGCUCAAUGGGGUGUGGCAGCGCCAUCUGACACGGCAAACUUCAGACUCAAGUCUCACGAUCAUAAGGCCAAAGCCAAGCGAUGGAGUCAUAUCAUGACCAAGGAAGCCACGAUCCGGAAAGGCAACUCUCUCAAAGAAGCAGCAAAAUAUCUUGGUACACCCGGCAUAAUAUCUCUCGGCGGCGGUUUACCAUCUAGCGAGUACUUUCCCUUUGAAGAAUUGUCAAUCAAGGUCCCCACGAUUGGUCACUUCUCGGAAGCUGAGACUAGGGAGUCUGGUGUGACUAUCACCGCGGGCAAACAUGACCUCGCGGAGAACAAGUCUAACUUCGACAUUGCUACUGCAUUCAACUAUGGCCAGGGAUCUGGUUCAGCACAACUACUCCGCUUCAUGACCGAGCACACUGAACUGAUCCAUGAUCCGCCAUACGAGGACUGGAAGUGCACCAUGACCAUUGGAAGCACAUCCGCGACCGAUAUGUGCCUUCGUAUGUUCACCCGACCCGGCGACAUGAUCCUAUCCGAAGAAUACACCUUCUCUGCCUUUGUAGAGACCGCCCGACCAAUGGGCGUGCGCGUCUGCGGCGUCCCCAUCGACAACGAAGGUCUCCUACCUGACGAGAUGGACUCUCUUCUCACAAAUUGGGACCAAACAGCUCGCGGCGCACGAAAACCCCAUAUCCUCUAUACCGUCCCAACAGGUCAGAAUCCGACAGGAGCAACGCAGAGCGCAGAGCGCCGGCACGCACUCUACAAAGUCUGCCAAAAGCACGACAUCCACAUCCUAGAAGACGAACCCUACUACUUCCUCCAAAUGCAACCCUAUACCGGCGCGAACGCGCCGUCCGUCCCGCCACCAGCAUCCCACGCCGACUUCAUCAAAUCUCUCGUGCCCAGCUACCUGUCCAUCGACACAGACGGGCGGGUAAUCCGCUUCGAUUCCUUCUCCAAAGUAAUAGCGCCCGGAUCGCGAAUCGGCUGGAUCACCGCGCCCGCCGAAGUCGUAGAACGGUAUUCCAAACACGCAGAUGUGUCGACUCAGAACCCCGCUGGCAUGUCGCAACUCAUCUUGUUCAAACUACUAGAUGAACACUGGGGCCACGCAGGCUAUCUCGACUGGCUCAUCCACAUGCGCAUGCAAUACACACACCGCCGCGAUAUCAUUCUUUCAGCAUGCACAAAAUACCUCCCUACUGAAGUCAUGAGCUGGAAACCUCCUAUGGCGGGUAUGUUCCACUGGAUGCAGGUCGACUUUCGGAAACAUCCUAGUUACCCUGAGAAGAGCAUUGAGAGUAUUGAAGAGGGUAUCUUUAUGCGCGUUAUUGAACAUGGGGCGCUGGUCAUGAGGGGUAGUUGGUUCUAUGCGGAUGCGGAGGAAGAGCACGAUACGCUGUUCUUUAGGGCGACGUAUGCGGCGGCGCCGGGGGAGAAGAUCGAGGAGGGGAUUAGGAGGUUGGGGGAGGCGGUUAGGGAGGAAUUUGGGCUGGGGGAUUAUGCUAAGGAUAAAUGA